AUGAUAAACAAAGCGCCGGAAUUCAGUUUCAACGGAGCGCCUCAAUCAGCAGUUGCCGUCUCUAACUGUGCCUCAUCUGCCAGUCUGGCAGCUGGUCUCGCGGCCGCCAACAACACCGGCAGAACCAACUUUACCACUAAACAACUCACUGAACUCGAGAAGGAGUUUCAUUUCAACAAAUACCUGACCCGCGCCCGAAGGAUAGAGAUCGCCACUGCCCUCCAACUCAACGAAACUCAGGUUAAGAUUUGGUUUCAAAACAGAAGAAUGAAACAAAAAAAGCGAAUGAAAGAGGGAUUAAUACCAUCGGACACAUCGACACCACCGCCGUCGGGGACGACACAAAGCAACUCAUCGGUGACGGCCACGCACUCCGACUCAUCCAAUGGCGCCUCUCUAUCGCCGACUUCUCCCAAAUUAAGUGAUGGCUCUUCAGCCGCACAGUAAGCCCUCAAAGCAAACCCUAUUUGUGUACUUUUGAAUGAAUUAAGUCACAAACAAAUACCGA